CCACGAGAAUCGAGGUUCUUCCUCUCCAGACGCUCAGCCCUGCCUUCGCCGCUUGCUUCAUCGUCGCCAACGACGUACGCCGGAUUCGCGUCGUCGCCGUCGAGGUGUUUAACCGUCGUUAAUUUGGACGAUCUGCUAUUGGAGGAGGCAGACAUUUUCUUGGGUGAUCCGUCAAAGAGAUUGAUCGGGGAUUGGAUUUAACGGCGAGGGGACGGUGGAGGAGGAAGGCGAAGCGAUGUGCAGGAUUGCAGUGGAUGGAUGAUAGACUGGCAAUGCGUGACCUUGCUUGCGUUCGGUAGUCAUGACGAUCAACGUUGCCCGAGAGGGUUCCAAGCUAUGGAGGAGGGUGUCAAUGGAGACGUCAAUGGAGCUUCAGCUUCUUGCGGAAAAGUGGAGGCUUCUGCUCGCUGGGAUCGUGUUUCAGUAUUUGCAUGGUUUGGCUGCUCGAGGAGUUCACUAUCUACAUCGACCUGGGCCAAUCUUACAGGAUUUUGGGUAUAUGAUACUUCCGGAGCUUGGGAAGGAAAGAGGUUAUGUGAGUGAGAGCCUGUUCACCUUCAUCUUUCUGUCUUUCUUUCUGUGGACAUUUCAUCCCUUUGUCUAUCACAGCAAACGCUUCUACACUGUCUUGCUCUGGCGUAGAGUUUUGGCAUUUUUAGUUGGAUCACAAGUACUCAGGAUCCUUACUUUCUAUUCUACACAGCUUCCCGGACCUAAUUAUCACUGUCGUGAGGGAUCAGAGCUUGCUAGACUACCACCACCGCAAAGUAUUUCUGAAGUGCUCCUGUUAAACUUUCCACAAGGGAUGAUAUACGGGUGUGGCGAUCUUAUAUUCUCGUCCCAUAUGAUAUUUACAUUGGUCUUUGUACUCACGUACCAGAAGUAUGGUUCUAAAAGGCUCAUGAAAAUCUUAGCAUGGACCCUUGCUGUGGUUCAAAGUCUACUCAUUGUAGCUUCGCGCAAACAUUACACAGUUGAUGUUGUUGUUGCGUGGUAUUCUGUGAAUUUGGUAGUAUUUUUUGUCAACAAAAAGCUACCAGAAAUGCCAGAUCGUUCUAGUUUGUCUCUGCCGCUGAUUCAAUCGAGCACAAAGGAAAAGGAUGGUCGAUCUAAAGAAGAGCUUCUCAAAUUAUUGAAUGGCAAUUCUGCAGAUACUGCUGACAGGAGGCAAAGAAGUCAAUCAAAUGGGAAGCAUUUGGAAAAUGGGAAUCAUAUCCUUUCUGAGGCAAUGAUGAAUGGUGCCAAGGUAUGAUGAGUCAACGCCAUUGGUUUAGGGAGCAAUUGCUAUUUAAUCGUUGCUUUAACCCAUAGAUCGCUCGUAAUUUUAUUGACUCGAGUCUGAAAUUUGCAACUAACAAUUUGCUACUCGUUUUUUUAUUGUCUUGAGCAUUAUUUGUUCAUUUUUCUUCCAA